AGGCCCUUCUCUUCCAUCUGGUGAUCCCACAGAACCUCAGACUUAGAAAACACCUUAGAGAUGGUCUGUUCUCCCAGCUUCUCCCUUCCACCCCCUUCCAGCACCUGCCCCAUGAAUCUUAUCUGUGAUGGUCCCAAAAGGCCAUCCAGCCUUUUCUUGAUUCCUCCAGGGAUGGGGAGGUCACUCCCUCACGGAGGCAGUCUGUUCCACUGUGACACUCAGAUGGUUAGAAGUCCCUUGUAUAACAAGCCCAAAUCUGUCACCGUAACUUCCGCUGACUCCAUCGGUACCAGCUCUGCCCCUUGGGGCCAAGUGGAGCCUUGGCCAUCUCCUGGAAGGCAGUGGUUCAGAGGCCCCUCCCCAAGCUUCCCUCUGCCCUGGACAGGAGCCCCUGGAUGGGGCCACACAGGAGGGGAGGAGGCCCAUCUCUUGCCUUCCUUGUUCAGAUAGUUUCUAUUAAUGAGGCCUCAGCAGCCACUUCUUCACCGUGUUUGCUUGUUGAUCCUUUUCCCCCCAUGGCCUAUAAACUUGUACAUUCGAUGUUCAAAAAAACCCCAAACCAUUAGGAUGCAGAGGCUAAGGAGCAUGGAAUGUGGGCAGGAAAAUCUGGCUUCCAGUUCUUCCUCAGCCACUUACUGGCUGUUACGACCCUGGGAAAUUCAUUAGGCUGCCCUGAGCCUCAGUUUUUCCACCUGUAGAAUGAAGGGGUUGGAAUGGAUGACCUCUGGUGGUUCCUUCCACCUCUAGCUGUGACCUGAUCUUCAGUUGAGCCAAAAGGCCUUUGGAUCAUCCAGAGAAGCCUUGAAGGGCAUUGUUUUCCUUUUUUCCUUCCAGAUUGGUUUUGAGAAAGGUGCUCACCCUAUGGGUGUGGCUCCCUGGGAGACUGAUGGAGGCCUCCAACCUUGCAUACAUUUCUGGGUGAUAGGGAGACAACCCUAAGUGAUUUUAGAAGUCUAGAUGUGUUUUCUCCAAAACUCAAUCCCAGGACCCACCUGGAGCUAGAAAAUCAGAGCACUCCCCCCUUCACCCCACUUGGAGACAGCUGCAGUGAUUUGAAUAACCUCUCUCCAGAGACAGCUUCCUCAGGGGCCGUUGGACACUGUGCGGGGGCCGAUUUGACUGGCAAACAGACACCCCCCCCCACCCUCCUCACCCCACCCUGAGCCAUUGUCAAUUUCGGGAGUGGGCAUUAUGAUCCUUUAAUGGGGUCAGCCCUUCCCAUCUAACUCUUCCACAUAUAGCCAAGGCUUUCCUGCAGAGGCCUCUGGGAAAUGGCUUGGCUUCCCUUGCCCAGGCCCUAGCAUCCACCUUCCUAUUGUAGAUUAGACUGUUUGCCCAGAGAAACGGCAAAUAUGCUGUGGGUGUUGGAGGGAGGGGGCUGAGGUAACUGGAGCCCAACCAGGGCUCUGUUGGCUGAGGCCCAUCCCAGAUUUGCAUGGAAAGGAUGAGGUCUAGGUCCCAUCCACCCUCUCCUAGAAGCAGGUGGGCAGAGCAGGAGGGUCACUGGAGAGGACACAGCCGCCAGACUCUGGGUCUCCCAGCUUGGGCAGUGGCAACAACAGCUCCCUGGUGUCCCCCACCUCUCACAGGACAUGCCUCGGUCCUUUCUGGUGAGGAGCUGCCGCCCCCAGCCCCGAGACUGGGGCCACAUCACUGACCAGCACCGGGGAGACACCUAUAUCCCAGAUUCUCUUUCAGACUGCAGCCUGGACAAAGGGCUGGCUGAUCAAGGAGGCACCAAUGCGGGGUCCCCAGGCAGAGAAACCUACAGAACCAUCCCAUCCCGCUUGCCACCCAACCGUGGGGAGUCCCAAGCACAGGAUGAGCAGGGUCCUGCAGCAGGGCAGGGCCCUGGGGGGUUGAGCUGCCCCCUCUGCCCUAAGGUUUUCCCACUUCAGCGCAUGCUAACCCGCCACCUCAAAUGUCACAACCCUGCCCGGCGCCACAUUUGCAGCUGCUGCACCAAAGGUUUUCACGACGCCUUCGACCUCAAGCGGCACAUGAGAACCCACACUGGAAUCCGGCCAUUCCGCUGCCCAGCCUGCGGCAAAGCCUUCACCCAGCGCUGCUCCCUCGAGUCCCACUUGGGCAAAAUCCACGGGCAGCCUCCACGCUACGGUUACCGGGAGCGCCGGGAGAAGCUGCACGUCUGCGAGGAUUGUGGCUACACGAGUGCCCGGACCGAGGACUACGUCCAGCACCGGACCCUCCACCGAGGCCGGCCCUCGUCCCUGGGCGUCCCCUACCCCUGAGUGAAGAUGCCCUCCUCCCCAUCCCCCGCCCCAAAGAGCGGCCUG